UUGAGGCGUUUUGAGCAAAUCUUACUGGUAAAGUUGUGUGUGUAUCUUUUUUUUUUUAAAGAACCAUUUCCUUUCAGUUUUAACCAUAUGACUGUGUCUGCAAACAGUUUGUACUCAGUCUGUCAGCAGAGCAGCUUUCUGUUUUGGUAAUUUAGAAGUGUACCUUCAUCUCUGAAAAAAGACAUGGUUGAUAAGCUACUUCCAAUUUUAAGAUGUUUUCCUUAGAAGAUGAUAGUGAAGAUAAGGAGGAGAAGGUUCAUGAAGGCUCAUUAAGUAAAAGUGAAGGUGUUUACCAUGGAAAGGCCCCUGCUGGUAUCCUGUCUCAAACCAUGAAUUAUGUGGGACAGCUGGCUGGGCAGGUGAUUGUCACUGUGAAGGAACUCUACAAAGGCAUUAACCAAGCCACUCUGUCCGGAUGCAUCGAUGUCAUUGUGGUACGGCAGCAGGAUGGCACCUAUCAGUGUUCGCCAUUUCACGUUCGGUUCGGGAAGCUGGGAGUCCUGAGAUCCAAGGAGAAAGUGUUGCUCAGAUUGUCCCAGAUUUGGCAAUUAGUAGCUUCUUCAAGAUGAGUCCUUUGGAGCACUUCCUUACUUUUUGGCACCAUAUGAUAUUCCAGAAGAAUCUACUUAAAUGGAUCAAAGACUUGAAGAUUGAUAUAGAAAUCAAUGGCGAUGCAGUGGAUCUUCACAUGAAACUGGGUGACAAUGGAGAAGCUUUCUUUGUGGAGGAGACUGAAGAGGAAUAUGAAAAGCUUCCUGCUUACCUUGCCACCUCACCAAUUCCUACUGAAGAUCAGUUCUUUAAAGAUAUUGACACCCGUUUGGUGAAAUCUGGUGGAAAUGAAAGACCAUCUCAGAGUUCAGACAUCUCACACAUCUUGGACACGGAGAGAGUUUUUGCACCAAGUUCUGUGAAAAAAAAAAAACGAAGGAGAAAGAAAUGUAAACAGGACAGUAAGAAGGAAGACCAGGCCACUUGCCCUGCUGCGGAGGACACCGUGGAUGUGAACCUGAGUUCUGACGAUGACAAGGGGGCCCAGUCAGCAAGAGGAUCCUCAAAUGCUUCCUUAAAGGAAGAAGAAUAUAAAGAGCCUUUGCUUUUCCAUUCUGGGGAUCACUACCCCUUAUCUGAUGGAGACUGGUCCCCUUUAGACAACGCCUAUUCCCCAACGGCAGUGUGUCCUAAGAGCGAUUCAGAGCUGGAGGUGAAACCUGCCGAGAGCCUGCUCAGAUCUGAGUCCCACAUGGAGUGGACGUGGGGCGGGUUCCCAGAGUCCACCAAGGUCAGCAAAAGAGACAGAUCUGACCAUCAUCCUAGGACAGCUACGAUUACACCGUCAGAAAAUACCCAUUUUCGGGUAAUUCCAAGUGAGGACAGCCUCAGCAGUGAGGUUGAAAAGGAUGCUACCAUGGGAGAAACGGUCUGUACCAUAGUGAAACCCAAACCCAGAGCCCUGUGUAAGCAGAUGAGCGAUGCAACUAGAGGUGCAGGACUUGUCGAACCUCUCCUGGAGCCACCUCCGAUUUCAUCUAUGUUAGAUGCAGACCACCUUCCUAACCCCUUGUUGCUGGAGGCUCCCUCAGAAUCAAAACCAGCAGCUAAGGUAGACUCGCCGUCAAAGAAGAAAGGUGUCCACAAGAGAAGCCAACACCAGGGACCUGAUGAUAUUUACCUAGAUGAUUUAAAGGCUCUAGAACCUGAAGUUGCAGCUCUCUAUUUCCCUAAAAGUGAAUCAGACCCCGUCUCCAGGCAGUGGCCCGAGUCUGACACGCCUUCUGGCUCCCAGUCCCCACAGUCCGUGGGAAGCGCGGCCGCUGAUAGUGGCACUGAGUGCCUCUUGGAUUCUACCAUGGACUUGCCCGACGUCACCCUCUCCCUUUGUGGGGGCCUCAGUGAGAACGGAGAAAUUUCUAAAGAAAAAUUCAUGGAGCAUAUCAUUACUUAUCAUGAAUUUGCAGAAAACCCUGGACUUAUAGACAAUCCUAACCUUGUAAUACGGAUAUAUAACCGUUACUAUAACUGGGCUUUGGCUGCUCCCAUGAUCCUUAGCUUGCAAGUGUUCCAGAAGAGUUUGCCUAAGGCCACAGUCGAGUCCUGGGUCAAAGAUAAGAUGCCAAAGAAAUCUGGUCGCUGGUGGUUUUGGCGUAAGAGAGAAAGCAUGACCAAACAGCUGCCGGAGGCCAAGGAAGGGAAAUCCGAGGUGCUGCCGACAAGUGACCUGCCGUCAGGCGCAAAGGAGCCGGCCAGUGGCAGGUCAGCCGAGGAUGACUCUUCGAGUGACGAGGGAUCACAGGAGCUCGAGGAAUCAAUCAAAGUGGACCCUGUCCCCACAGAGCCCCCGAGCCACAGCGGCACGACCUCAUAUAAGAAGUCUCUUCGACUCUCCUCAGACCAGAUUGCAAAACUGAAGCUCCAAGAUGGCCCAAAUGAUGUUGUGUUUAGUAUUACAACCCAGUAUCAAGGUACCUGCCGCUGCGCAGGGACCAUUUACCUGUGGAACUGGAAUGACAAGGUCAUCAUUUCAGAUAUCGAUGGAACAAUAACUAAGUCUGAUGCUUUGGGACAGAUUCUUCCACAGCUGGGUAAAGACUGGACUCAUCAGGGUAUAGCAAAGCUCUACCAUUCCAUCAACGAGAAUGGCUACAAAUUUCUGUACUGUUCCGCCCGUGCCAUCGGCAUGGCUGACAUGACCCGUGGCUACCUGCACUGGGUCAAUGACAAGGGCACGAUCUUGCCCCGGGGCCCUCUGAUGCUGUCCCCCAGCAGCUUGUUCUCGGCCUUCCACAGGGAAGUGAUAGAAAAGAAACCAGAGAAGUUCAAAAUUGAGUGUCUGAAUGACAUCAAGAAUCUGUUUGCCCCGUCUAAGCAGCCCUUCUACGCUGCCUUUGGAAACCGUCCCAAUGAUGUCUAUGCUUACACACAAGUUGGAGUUCCAGACUGCAGAAUAUUCACUGUGAACCCCAAGGGUGAAUUAAUACAAGAAAGGACCAAAGGAAACAAGUCAUCGUAUCACAGACUGAGCGAGCUCGUGGAGCAUGUAUUCCCACUCCUCAGUAAGGAACAGAAUUCCGCAUUUCCAUGCCCAGAGUUCAGCUCCUUCUGCUACUGGCGAGACCCGAUCCCCAAAGUGGACCUGGAUGACCUGGCCUGAGGUGGCACCUCAGGAGGAGGCCCUCAGUCACUCGCCUGGAGCAAGGGAAAGCGACGGGCGGUUCUGCUGGACAGAGGACACUGGGCUCUCCUCUGAGCCACAGGUGUGGAACAGGACACAUGUUACCAGGCAGGCGCUGGCACGGACAGAGAGAGCUCCUGGAGCUGGAGCUGCCGCCCUCCUUUGCCUCCAUGGACUUGGCCGGGUCGCAGCUCAGUGCAGCUCAGCGCCCCGGCGGGACAAGUGAGGGAGCUUGGACCUGAGCUUGGAGGCUGGGCACCUGUCACUGGUUCGUCCUCACACAUGCUCUGUGUCAAGUUGUAUACUGGGUGCUCCUUUAACUGAAUAAUUUAAAAGGAAGAAAAAAGAAGCUAAAUAAGAGUGGACCAAAACAUUGCGCAAAGUAAAGUGUUAUAAUUUCCACUGGGGAAUUGAGAGUGUUUCUUUCUAGAGCCAGGGCUUGCUUCAGAGUAGCAGUCAGGGUCCACUGAACUGCUGCAGGCCCAGUUAGUGAUGUUGGUCCAAACAGCCUGGGCACGUUCCUUCUGUGGGCUCCUCCUCCCCUGCUACACUGACGCAGGACGGCUGCUCGGCCAGGCCGGGCGGGCCCCCAGGGCCGCUGAUCCCAGCCCCACAGAUGUGGGCUUCUGGGGAAGAAAAUCCUCUUCGGUCAUCGCCUCCUUAUCUGUGACUACUCCAUGAUGAGAGACCCUGAAGUAGUGUCUUGGACCUAGCCCGAAGAAACGGGUCUUGCUGAAUGUAUGCAGUGUCUGUAGAACUGUACUAACAGUGGGAGCUGGUUAAACGACAGAGAACAGCUGUUUUCAGGGAGGCCUUGGAGCUGCAGAUGUGCACAUGCAUCGGCUCCGGCAGAGUCCUUCUCUCUCUGCCUCUGCCUGGUUGUAAUGAGCUCGUGUCAGAGUCUGAGCAGACAGCACUAGGGAGGGUUCUGUCCCAUGAGCCCCUCCGGAGCUGCGCGAGCCUGGAGAGGUCAAGCUGGGUGCUGACGCCACCUUAGUGAGUGUUAGAGUCAAGAGAGCUGUAGAGGGGAGGCUUUCAGGGGACCAGAAAGGACCAAACCUAGGCCUCGGUCAGUGAGAAGGCAGGGAGCGGAGUCCCAGAGCAGAGAGCGGGAGCUGCCGAUACAGGCGCCCCGCUCUGCAUGGUUUCCAGUCCCACCUCUGCCUUCCCCUGUGCUUGGACUGGGGGUCUCCUCGUUUUAACGUGCUUCACCCAAAAUAAUACUGAUCUAGAGAUGGAGAAAUGGGGGUGGUUAUUUUUCCAGAUUGGAGAGUUGAAAUGACUUGUUCAGCAUUUUUCCUAGUGCUGUUGGAUGCAAAGACAGUGGGAAAGCCCCUGGAACGUAAUUCUCGGUGGCAGAAGCUGGAGGCACGUGUUCCCAGAGGUGGAACGAUACACGCUUCCUCCAGUGCAAACCUUCCCAUCCUAAGUAGUUCAAGGAGAAAUUAGUGAAUGAGUUCAUUUUUGUACAGUAGGUUAGGGAAACUGGGUUACAUUUAUACAGAGUUCUGCCCAGCUGGUGAAUUAGAAUCCUAGCAGAGCAGCAUCUGUCUGUCUCGUAGAUUCCUCAGCAUGUUCUCUCCACCGCCUUUGCUUUAGAGGAAGAACGCGAGCUUUCUGUGCUUAACCUGAGCUUCCUAGGGCUUCUUUGCAUAUGUGCAGUGCAGAAAAUCUUGUACACUUUCUGUAUUUUUUUUUAGGUUGUCCUUUAAAGAGUUUUUGACGAGACAGUUUCCUUUUCUUCAUCAGCUCUUCUCUCUGGACACAGGGGCCUUGUUAGAGUGUCCAACCUAGGAAUCAGGUCUCCCUGCCCUGGUUGAGGGUGCUCCCUCUGUCCUGGCGUCCAUAAGCACUAGACUUUGUUAUUUUGUCACUGCAGAUUGAUCUGGUGGGUACAUGCACUAAUUGAGGAGUCGUUUUCCUUCUUUAAAGGAGUCCCUCUGGCUGAAAGUGGAUGAUUGCUAUUACUAUUACCAUAGUGUUAGGAAAGUAUUAAGUUUGUGCUGAAAAUCCGUUGCCAUUUGGUACAAAUGACAUUUGUUCUUUCUGUGAAAGAGAGAUGCCCUCGAGUGUGUUUGUACACAGACCCUUACGAUGGUGAGCGAACGCUGAAGCGUUAGCCUUGAGCUGCCUUCGGUGAUGGGCGGGAUCCCCGGGAGACUGCAGGCAGAUUGGGCUCUUCCAAGCCAUUCUCUCGGCUGCCCCACUGCUGACAUAGCCAUGGCCCAUUCCCUCUUUCCAGUUCAACCUGACUUUAGUGUUUGCCUUGAUGUCCAUGUGCUGAAGCUUGUGCAGCUGUGCUGUCGACACCCACCUCUCCGGCAGGCGUUAGCAAGUACACGUGUGGGCCCAGAGCAUGCGAACUCAGCCCCAUGUGUGAGUACUGUUUGCUGUGCUUAAAAAGAUCUGCAUAGUUUUCAACUGGAAAAAGAAAAAACUUACUAGUGUGAUAUCCUAAAACGAAAGCUGCUGACAAUCAGAGGGAGAAGAGCUGAGGAACAACAGCCGGCUGCCUGCCUGGGAAGGACGCGUGCCCUGAGAGACCGCACCCCACCCUGGUGGGGUGCGAGUUUGAAGGUGCAGGCGAGACCUUUUAAAAAUAGGUAGAAAGUAAACUCUCUUUUUCUAAGUUGGUGAAUACAGACCCUUCCAGGAAAUUUUGUCUUUUGCAGUAUCAUCAUAUGUACUCUGGGAAGCCUUGUUUUCCCCUGUUUUAGAGCAUGCUAGGUUUAAUGAAAUUGGUUGAAAUUAAGUUCUUGUUUAGAGUAAGUGCUCUUUCCAGGUGAAAACUACUUUUUUGGUUUGUUUGGAAGAUAAGAAAGGGAGGGGAAACUUUGCUCUUUUAAUUUAAUAAUUACAUUCGGUUUAUGGUGAAGUAUUUGAUUAUUAGACAGCAAUGCCACUAAUAAGUUUUAAGUUGUCAGAAAUUAAUUGUAAACAUCAGUACUCUUAGUUAUGGCAAAGACAAUUGUCAAGAUAAAUGGCUAUUUUGGUGCAGUGUUUGAUGUUCGAAACAAAAUGUUACAACAAUAAACAAAUGUAAACUGAA